AUGCCGGGCCUGCGGCUGCUGCUGCCGCUGCUGCUCCUCGCGGGGCCGGCCUCGGGGGCCAGCCUGCCGCCGGGGCGCGGGGCGCACCCGGGCCUGUGCCCCAACCAGCUCAGUCCCAACCUGUGGGUGGACGCGCAGAGCACCUGCGAGCGCGGAUGCAGCGGGGACCAGGACUGCGCGGCCGCCGAGAAGUGCUGCACCAACGUGUGCGGGCUGCGGAGCUGCGUGGCCGCGCGCUUCCCCGACGGCGGCGCGCCCGCCCCGGCCGCCUCGUGCGCGGGCGUCGCGUGCGCGCAGCAGGGCGCGGCCUGCGACCUCUGGGACGGGCAGCCCGUGUGCCGCUGCCGGGAGCGCUGCGAGAAGGAGCCCCGCUUCACCUGCGCCUCCGACGGCCUCACCUACUACAACCGCUGCUACAUGGACGCCGAGGCCUGCCUGCGCGGCCGGCGCCUGCACGUCGUGGCCUGCAAGCACGUGCUCCGCUGGCCGCCCAGCAGCCCGGGCCCGCCCGCGCCCAGCGCGCCGCCGCCGCCCGGGGAGGCCGCCGUGCCGCCCGCGCUCUACAGCAGCCCGGCCCCGCAGGCGGUGCUCGUGGGCGGCACGGCCAGCCUGCACUGCGACGCCCGGGGCCGCCCGCCGCCCGCCGUGACCUGGGAGAAGCAGAGCGGCCCGCGCGAGAGCCUGAUCCUGCGGCCCGACCAGAUGCACGGCAACGUGGUGGUCACCAGCCUGGGCCAGCUGGUGCUGUACAACGCGCGGCCCGACGACGCGGGCCUCUACACCUGCACGGCGCGCAACGCGGCCGGCCUGCUGCGCGCCGACUUCCCGCUGUCCGUGCUGCCGCGCGAGCCGGCCGCGCCCGCGGGCCCCGCCGCCUGCCUGCCCUCCGCGCCCGCCUGCGCCGGGCCCGCCUCCGGCCGCGUGCUCUGGCACUUCGACGCGCAGCGCGGCGGCUGCAGGACCUUCCCGGCCGGCGGCUGCGGCGCCCGCGGCUUCGACACCUACGAGGCCUGCCAGCGGGCCUGUGCGCGCGGCCCCGGGGACGCCUGCGCGCUGCCCGCCGUGCAGGGCCCCUGCCAGGCCCGCGAGGCGCGCUGGGCCUACAGCCCGCUGCUGCAGCGCUGCCAGCCCUUCGUGUUCGGCGGCUGCGAGGGCAACGGCAACAACUUCGAGAGCCGCGAGAGCUGCGAGGACGCCUGCCCCGGGCCGCGCGCGCCGGCCUGCCGCGCCUGCCGCCCGCCGGGCCGCCUGGCGCCGAGCCUGUGCCGCAGCGACUUCGCCGUCGUGGGCCGCCUCACCGAGCUGCUGGAGGAGCCCGAGCCCGGCGGCGGCGGCGGCCUGGCCCGCGUGGCCCUGGACCACGUGCUCAAGGACGACAAGAUGGGCCUCCGCCUCCUGGGCACGCGGUACCUGGAGCUCACGCUGAGCGGCAUGGACUGGGCCUGCCCCUGCCCCAACGUGACGGCGGGCGGCGGCCCGCUGCUGCUCAUGGGCGAGGUGCGCGACGGCGCGGCCGUGCUGGACGCGGGCAGCUACGUGCGCGCCGCCAGCGAGAGGCGCGUCCGCAAGAUCGCGGAGCUGCUGGAGCGCGGCGCCUGCGAGCUGCUCGGCCGCUUCCGAGACUAG